UUUUUCGUAGAAGAUAAAAUGUAAAAACAAAUCGGUUUGUUUUUUAUUUUCAUAUUUAGUAUUUGUUAAUAAAGUACUUAAAAAUGGAGACGACUAUAGACCCAAACAAUGAAAGCAUUAAUUUAAAUGUUGAAAAUAAAAGUGAGUCAACAAAAGAGGAGGCUGUAGCACAAUUAGCAAAUGACGCCGACGUGGAUGCAGAAAUUGCCUUAGAAGAUAAACAGCAGCUGGAAUGCGAAAAUAUAGUACACAGCAAAGAAAGCCCAAUAAAAGCUGCAGCAACCGAUAAAAGUAAACAAGAUAAGAGUAAAUCGAAUUUGGUUAACGAAAUUCAUGCAGCUGUUUUGGAGCAAGGGACAAAAGAGAAGGGCCAGGAGGAGCACGAGCCAACAACAGCUAUUAGUUUUGCAGAUCUUAAAGCGCAGGAUGAACGGGAAACCAAGGAGAACAAGGACAGCCGGGACAUCCUCUCACAUGUACAUUGCCUUGCACAGCUGGAGGAGCAACGUCGCAGCUAUGAACGUCAACUGGAGCAGCUGCGCACAUCCAAUCAGCAAAAGGAUAAUAUGAUGACACUUCUGCAGAGAGAGAAUGCGAUUUUGGAGAAGGAGAAGCUGGCUUUUCGCAAUGAAAUGGAUGUGGCCAACAAGGAGAAGGAGUCAACAGUAAUUAAGUUUGCAAUGAAGGAGAAGCUGCUCAUCGAUGCCAAAAAAGAAAAGGAGACUGUGGAGAAGCAGCUAGCAGACGCCAAGAAGGAGGUGAAAAAUGUUUCCAUACGCUUCCAGGCCGUGCACGAAGAGAAGUCACGAAUGACCUAUAUAAUAGAUGAAAAGUGCAACGAAGUGCGCAAGUAUCAAAGAGAAUGCGAAAAGCUUAAAACAGAAAUGGGUCACUUGGAAUCCAAACUAAAAUAUCAUGCCAAUAAGCUAAACAUUGAAGUGGAAGCCAAGGCUAACCUGGAGCGUAAGCUGGAAGAAGAAAGAAAUGCGCCAAAUAAGCUAGAAGAAAAAGCCAAUGAGAAACUUAAGAUGGAAUUUGAAGCUAACACAAUACUGCUGAAACAUGAAAUCAAGAGCAAGACUGAUGCACUGGAUAAGCUAAACAAAGAGCACCAAAAGCAAUGCGAAGCCAAUAAAGACCUACAACAGCAGCUGCAGCAGCUAAAAGACGCGCAUGAUCAACUUUCAGAGGAGUUUAAGGAGCUACAGGCACAGCAUAACUUCAUAGAUGCCGCCUACAGCGAUGAGCUGUUAAAUGCAGCCAAAUUGCAUAGCCAAUUGGCUGAGUUGCAACUGCUGCGCACACAAAAUACAAUCAACGAGCAGAAAUUAGUUGAGGCCCAGUCGAAGAUAGAAGAACUGGAAUCGCAGGCGCAGGAGAAUGAACUAGACUUAACUCAGCUUCAGGAGAAGAAACAGGAAUUGCUAAGCAUUAACAAAGAGAUGACCGAGCUAAUAGUCAAACUUCAAAAUGAUAUAUACCUGGCUGAAGUCAAGUCGUUAGGAUUUGAGUCUGAGAAUAAAUUGGUAAAGCAGGAGCUGCUCGCAUACGAUGCCAAAUAUUUGGAGCUAGAGGAACAAAUGCAUGUGGAGGGAAUGGAGAAAAUUGAGGAGCGUCUGCUGCUAGCCAAGCAUCUUUCCGAGAAGACAAAGAUGUAUGAAGUGGUCAAUGCUAAACUGGAGGAGUUGCAGAACCAUUUUGAAGCAACGAGUCAUAAGCAUGCGACGCAGGUGAAGGAGCUUCAAAGAGAACUGCAAAAGUACAAAAAAGGAAUUGUGGACGCCAAGCCAAUGGGCUACUGCCGCAACUGUCAACAGGCCAUGAAUGAUUUCAGCCAGGAGCAGCUGCAGCAAUAUCAUCAACAGGUGACACACAGCCGCAGCAGCAGUCAGGGCAGCCGUGCCAGCGAGUCGUCUGAAUCCGAAACUGUAGCCAGCAGUUUAACAACUGUGCCCCACACACAGCCAGCGCCUACACCAAUUACAGAUCUACAAGCAGUACCUUCCAAAAAAGUGUUAGUCGAACGCAUUCUACGCCUGCAACAGGCUUCAGCACGACAAACAGAACGCAUUGAGUUCCUGGAGAAUCAUACAGCUAUGCUUGUCUCCGAGGUCCAAAAGAAAUCAAAGGUGGUGCAGCACUAUAUGCUGCGUGAUCAAACAGCCGGCGCGCUCACUUCCAGUAAAAGUGAUCAAAGCAAGAGCGAGCUUGUCAAAUAUGGCAAUGGAGUCAUGGCUGCCAUCUAUGGAGGAGUCAAGGGAGCUGAGAGCAAGAGUAUGUCAUUGGAGCUCUCACUGGAGAUCAAUAAGAAGCUGCAGACUGUCUUAGAGGAUACGUUGCUAAAGAAUAUAACGCUCAAAGAGAAUCUCGAUGUGCUGGGACUCGAGGUGGAUAAUCUGACUCGCAAACUGCGCUCGCAAGAGUUAAACAACAGCUAGGCAGAGUACCUGACUACUAAUCCAUUCCAUAGAUAUUUAAAUUCCAUUGUGAUUAAGUUUAAAUUAAAGAUUUAAUAAUGCAAC